UAUGCGACGUGCCCAGUUGUGUAACUGACGAUUCAGCAGCAUUAAUAGUAAACACAAACGCAGAUAAAAAAAUUCAUUGGGUUUACGUGUUACCCGAAUGGAGAGUAUCUGGAAUAAAAGUCCGGCUAAAGUAUUGGAUACCAUUAAUUUAUGAAGGAAUCACGAUAUACUUUAAAAGUCAAAAUGACUCUUUGGGUUAUUGUGGGCUAGAAAUAGGAGCAGAAAAAAAUGAAAAGCUUCAGUUUUUUCGAGUAGAUAAAUUUAGUAAUAGAAUUUCAUUAGAAGAUCAAGUUUAUCCACAUUUGUUAAUGGCCAGUAAAUGGCGAGAGUUUGUUAUCACUUUAUUAGCCACUGGUUCAAUUGAAAUGCGAUCUGUAGAAGAUGAAGUAAUUAUUAAACAAUGGGCGGAAGCAUUUGAAAAAAAUAACCGAAUUACGUUUAUUGGGAUUUCAACGAUCACUAAUGGAUACACUGGAGUGCGAUUCAUAAAUGAAGAUUGUUUAACUCAUAUUGUCGAAUCAAAAGAAUUUUCUGUUUAUUUACCAAUUAGAUUUCAAUCCAAUGUCGGAUUAAGUAGAAUUGAAAACAAAAUUGACUUUUAUUUCAGACACAACGGUACAACACGUUUAGCACUAAUACAACAACAAUUAAACAAAGGCUACUUGAUAGAAAUUGAAAAUCGCGUCAUUACUUUAUUGUGGAGGUCAAUGGGUAAGAAACCGAAAUUGUUAGAGUCAAAUACAUUUAAUGUGAAUAUAAUAAAAGAACAUUCUUGGAGUCAUAUUGGAUUGAGUUGGGACGAAAACACGUUGUGGAUAAACUGCAGUGAAGGCUUACAAAUGUGGACUUUAUCAGGUAAAUCCGCUCCGCUGUUGGUACGUUAUUUUUCAGUCGCUAAUCGUGGAGGUCAAACAACAUGGACUGUGAAUUGUAAUCCACCAGACAUCGAUGGAACUCCCAGAAAUGGUGGCUGGAGCGAUUGGGGUGAGUGGGAACAAUGCUCGAAAACAUGUGGUACCGGCAUGGGUAUUCGAUACAGACAAUGCGAUAAUCCCAAACCAAACAUGUUUGGAGAACCAUGUGUUGGCCCCACUGAGUUUCCGGGUAAAUGUAAUGAACACGAGUGUGGACAGCUAUCUAAAAAAACCAUAAAAAAUAUACAGGAUAGAAUCAGACAAAAAACGUAUAACUUGCACGCGGUCGAAGGCGAAAAACUAAUUUUGGUGUGUAAUAAGAACUCUGUUAAUGCUGUAAAAGUGGACUUAGUAAAUCCAACUUUUGAUUGGAUCAAAAAUGGAAAACUUUUGGAAAAAGGGGGAAAAAAUGUCGAAAAUGAUGGUUGUAAACUAGUUAUUCAUAAAUGUACAAAAAGUGAUUCAGGAGUUUAUGCUUAUAUUGUUCAACCCCUUAAUAGGCAAAAAGUCAUUUUAAAAAUAAUUGCGGUGACUAUAAUGGAAUCUCCCACUUAUGCAUAUAUUGGAGACAUAAUUCAAGUGCAAUGCAAUGCAAUUACAUUAGGUUAUUUAUUUAAAGACUUAUCUCAACAGUGGGUGUUAAACGAUACGUUCGUUAUAAAAAAUUAUGGAAUCACAUCGUUAGCUAUUGUUGAUAUUGACAAAAUUGUAAUCGAAAGUAUGAACUUUCAAGGUAAGUGGACAUGCGUUGUAAAACACAGUGCAAUGAACAGUACUUGGAUAACCGAAGCUAAAUUUGUUAAAGUAUUAGGUCAGUCGACACGAUGGACACGAAUUAUGCAAGACCCUCUCAUAAGAACUAUAUUUUGGAAAGUCAAUUCACCAAUAAUAAUAAGUAGGUUAUGUAUUAUAUUGAUUGUGGUCGUAUUCAUAUGUACUUGGGGAGGCGCUGUUAUGUUUCACAGAUGGCAAAAACAAUUGACAAUAUUACCUAAAAAAAAUCAAAAUUAUCAACAGUUAAAAAUUUGACAUGAUAUAUAUUUUGAAGAUGAAAUCGUAAAAUGAAAAUAAUUUACAUUUAUCAAUCUAGUUGAUAUUAAACGUCAGUUAUUUGUUUAAUUUUUACUUGGUUUUGUUUGUAUUAUUGUUUUUUACUUUAAAAAAUAUGCUAAUACAUUUAUUUAUUAUUAUUUUUUAAAUUAUUAUCAACAUGUAAAAAUGAAUGUUCAUGGAAAAAUAGUGUUGCAGCUGCAACAUAAUAGUGUGUUGUUAACUUAAAAGUGUGUACUCGGACCGGUUUAAUCAUUAUCACGCGACUACUCCCUACUACUCAAGUAGUAGUGGAUAUCGCUACUACCGGCCGAUCAGCUGUUCACACACUACACACCAAACACAGCACAUAACCGCAAUAAAGUAUAAUACAACAUUGUAUUGUGUAAUAAUCAGUAUAUAUACAUUUUUGGUUUUUUAUUGUUGAAUUUCUCAUUUAUUUUUUUUGUGUGAAAACGUAAUCUAAUUUUUGUAAAAAGAAGAAGUUAUUUUAAUAUCAUAGAAUUGAUAAUAUACAGUUUAAAUAAAAAAUAUUGUUGCACUAACUGUGACUUCUUUAAGCUACUAAUUGGCUGACAGAAGAACUUAUUGUAGUUUGUUGCUACUAAUUAGCAAAAUUAAACUAGUCAAUUGUGAUAUUUAAAUUUGAGUUACCAAAUUGUAGUCUUAAGUUCAUUUGUUAUUAUUGUGAUUCGUGUUUUAGUUUUAGGUAGCAUCUCUGGCAAGCAGCUCUGCGAAUUGAAUGGAAAUGAUGAAGUGAGCUAAGACAAACUGUUAAACUUAAGUUUCAGGAUCUUCAGGAUUAUGAGGUGGUUUAUCUGCUCUUUUGGGAACCUCAUUACCAAACAAAAAUAUUGGCUUUAUUGCAACGCAUGCCAAAGGAACACAAAUAUCUGUUAAUAGAUUUCCCUCAUUUACGGUGAACGAGGGAAAGUUCUUCAAUUUUU